CGUUUGAAAGCAGCUCUGAAGCACUGGCAUCACUUCCUUUCAAUUUGAAUCCUUAAUUUAAAAAAACUUUCUUUUAAAGGAUGGAGGAAGAAAUCACUUAUUCCACAGUCGUUUUCCAAAAUGGUAAAACACGUCCACGAGAUCAGCCAGUGAAUAAAGAGGACAUGACGGUUUAUUCUGAAGUAAAAACUAAGGGAAAAGUUCCUGCUUCUGCCGAUACAAAAGAGGAGCCGGCCGCUCGCUCUUGGCCACUGCUGGCGGGUUUGGGGAUCCUUUCUGUUCUCCUGGUCGCCAGCAUCGUCGUCCUGGCCUACAUCAUGGUGAGGAUGAGAGAGCAGCGCUCAAACCUCACUGACCUCAGAGCAGAAAAUGAGGAGAUGGAAAAGAGAAACGGUAUCCUGAUGAAUGAGACGGAGCAGCUGAGCGGAGAACGAGCCCGCCUCAACUGGACGCUGGGAGUCAUCCUGACAUUCAACAACUUUCCUGUGAAGGCUUUCUGCCCUGAAAAAAUAAAGGGCCGAAGCCAAGCCAAGUCUCAUGAUCCCUGCCUCAUGGUGAGUUUACGACACCUCCAGCGUGGUCUGGAGAACGGAAAGACCCCAUGGACACCAGGAUUUGCAUAUGUGACCCUCUUGGUGAUAAGGCACCACACUUUGAUUGGACAAGGACCCCAAGCUGCAGGAAUGGGUAUCAACUUCCUGUAUACAGCUAUAAAAGGGGAGACCCCCCUCUCUCCGGUCUCUUCUCUCUUUUCUGCUUCUUCCUUCUCACCCACAGGUCUCUGUAACACCAGGGAGCCAGCCAAGGGCCGGCUUUCUCCUUCGUGAACGAAGGAGCGUCCAUUUUGCAGCGCUGCACGAGCGACCCACGCAGUUCCGAGCCCAGAAAGCCGAACUAGGGACCCUGCAUUGCCUCGACGUGAACGCGACGCCGAUCCGAAGUUGAAGGAAGCCAAGUGCUGUGCCCAGCUGCCAUCCCCUCAUCUGCAGCAAGGACACAGGAGGGAGUGAUAGCCGCUUUAUCAGGAUCCCCUGCUGAGCGUAAACACCCAGCUGUUCCCCGAGGAACGCUGACCGACCACCCUUUUUUCCUUCAACUGCAAAGAUUCACGUGAGAGGCUGUUUUUGGUGUCUGGGCAGAGAAAACUUAGUAAUACACUUUAAAAGUUAGUUUACGCUGUGAGCUGGACUGCUGAUCCCGUCAUAGUUGUGUUUAUUAACUUAAGUGUUUUUGUUUAUCUUCUUAUUGGUCUACUGCUGCAUCCACAUUGCUGGAUCGUUAUGACAUGCUUCUCGACAACCGAAAACAAGGCCCUUCUAAAUUUCCCAGUUGAAUGACCAGAGCGCACGUGUGAAGUUUAGUUUCACAUUGGGGCAUUUCUGUGUGGGAAAGAUCAGAAGGUCUUGGGUUUCUGGUAAUGAGAAAUUAUUUAAGAGUGUCUAUUAUUUUACUUUUCUUCUGCAUCUCUCUCUCUCUUCCUCUCGUACUAACCCCCCCCCACACGCACACACACACACACCCAGACGCUCCCCUCGGUCAUAAAUUCCCGAGCCGUUCUGAGAUCCGACACACACACACACACACACACACACACACACACACACACACACACACACACACACACGCACACACACACACACACACACACACACGCACACACGCACACACGCACACACGCACACACACACACACACACACACACACACACACACACACACUAGUCACACCCCACACAGAUGACUGGAACUUUUGCAUUGUAUAAUUUCUGUCCCUGUUUACGUAGUGUGCCAUCAGGAUUUUAUUUGGGGUGUUGCGUCUAUCAUCUUUUGACACCUGUAUGUAAAUAAAUCCUGAUUGAUUUUUAAUGAGUGGUUUCUGUUGUUU